GAAGUUGGCCUUAUUGUUCUUUCUUCAGGUACUACAGGCAUGCCAAAGGCUACUGAAAUUUCGCACACUUCUAUACACAAUCGCAUGCUUCCUGUAAAAGUUGCCCAAAUGAAAGGUCACGUUUGCAUGUUUACACCGACAUUACGUUGGCAUUACGGUGUUACGCUUGCAUUUAAGACCAUUUUGGCAUGUUCAACCAGAAUUGUUGCACCAGACUGUGAUGGAAUUGUUGCACCAGACGGUGUGACAGACGAUAAUGAGUGUGAUAUGUACUGCAAAUUUAUCGAGAAAUAUCGAGUAACGUGGUUUGGCAUUGAUCCAUUCAUUCUAGUCCAAAUGAUUAAGACGGAUAUAUUAGAAAAAUUUCGAUUGUCGUCAUUGAAGGUUAUUAUUACAAGCGGUUCUAUUUUCCAAAACCAACAUCAAGAAACAUUGAGAAAAAAAUUACCACAUGUUCUCAUUAAUAAUGCUUAUGGAUCUACCGAUUCAGGAGGUGAUCUUAGUGGCCAAAAUAAGCACAGUAAACCGGGAUCUGUUGGUUUUCCUGCACCUAAUGUUCAAAUAAAAAUAACGGAUACAGAAACCGAAGAAGUUUUAGGGGUUAAUAAAGUUGGAGAAAUACGUAUUAAAGUACCUUUUGUAAUGAACGGCUACUAUAAGAAUCCUGAAGCAACCAAAAAAGCUUUCGAUUCCGACGGAUGGUUACGCAGUGGAGAUUUGGGAUAUUAUGACGAUGACGGAGAAAUCUUCAUCGUUGGUAGAUUAUCUGAUUUCAUUCUUUACAGAUCAAUCAAUGUCUCACCCGCGGAAAUCGAAACUGUUUUACAGACUCAUCCCAAGGUAUUCCAAGCAGCGGUAAUAGGAGUGCCUCAUGAAAUCGAUGAACAGCGUCCAAUGGCUAUCGUAUCUGUAGUGCCAGGUGAAACGGUAACAGAAAAAGAGCUAAUCAGUUUAGUGGAAAAAACUCUGCCAGAUCACUGCAGACUUCGGGCUGGUGUCAAAUUCAUAGAUGAACUUCCACACACAAUUACCGGCAAAAUCGCGAAGAAACAAUUGCAAAAUAUGUUUGCGAAUUAAAUUACGCUGAAUUACAUAUGUACAUUGCUGUAUACAUUAGAAAAACACCGUACAUUCAAUCACAAAGUAAAUCUUUUUACCGAAAAUUUUUUAAAAAAUUUAAAAUAAUCUGAAUACGCAUAAAAUACAGAUAGGAAAACCAUGCAAAUUAUUAAUAAAAUUUUAGGCAUAUAAAA